AUGGCCCGUGGUCUUGCCACUACAUUUGUCAGUGGAUUUACCAGCUCCCUGGUGGAAGAGCUGGUUAUUGUGGAGAUACUAAUGGUCUGCUCCCAUGGCCUCAUGGGAAUCCCCUAUGGUCAACUGAUAGAGGAAGAGAAGACCGAGGCACGGCUGAAGAUAUGCAGGCACCACCCAGUAGCAGACGAGAGCAGCACUAUGCAUCUGAAGGUAAAAGAGGAACAGAGCAUGAAGAGGAAGAAGAGGGGCAUUCUGAAAGGUUAUAGUGACUGCUGGAAGAAAGUGGAAGAGACUGAAGACCUGCUUUCACGUCUACAAAGCCACCUAGGGAAGUGCCAUGAUGACAACAGCUUUCACCACCUUUUAAAAGGAGAUGACCCAGAUGAGAUGUGCAAACCAGGGUCAGCUGGAGCCCACCAGUCAUGUACACUGCCUGAGGAGGACGCCUUGGCCACUGCCUUCCUCCCUUUGGCUUCCCUGACUCCUUUGAGCAAGCGUCCUCUGCUCCUGGCCUCUGCUCCCUCAGCAGACCUAAUGACUUCCUCAGAUACUGUUGAGACUCACUCAUCCCUGAGUGCCUCUCAGUCUCCAGAGUCUGUGAUUCCUCUAGAACGACGUUCACCUCAGCCACGUGGACUUUCCUCUCCCCCAUCUCGUCCUCCUGAUCCCAUGGCCCACCCUCCAUCUCUGCCAAUGCCAUCUCCUGGUCCAUUGCUAACUCCUGGCCAAUCGCCUUCUCUUGUACGACUGCCAUCUCAUGUGCCAUUGCCAUCACCUGUCCCACAGCCACCUCCUGUCCCAGCAGUCUCAGGCCAUGUUCUCUCCACCUGUCCCAUCUCAUCCCUCUCCUGGUGGCAGAUGGCUGCCAGAGUCUGUGGCUUCUCCCACUCCCCUCACAGUGAAUCCAAGAGAGAUCAUGCUCCCCACCCACCAGAGGACUCACUCUGGGCAAACGGCCCACUCUCGCAGGUAGAAGCUGAGGGGAAAUCUUUCAUUAACCCUGGUGUCCAGAAACUGCUGGAGAUACUGAUCAGCAAGAGAGCAGAAAUGAAAAUUUGUAAUCUGAAGACAAAGGGUGAAUUAGAAAACUCCCUGAAUAAUCUAGGAAUGACCAUAAAGUCACUGGGCAGGGAACAGGACACCACCAUCCCACAACCCUUCUGGAACACAAAAGGCAAGCCAGAGAAGCUUUCUGUUCCUCAGCAGUUCUUUUACACUGAGAUUCUGAGCGACCAUUUACAGCAGAAAUGGAGCCAGUUCUUUUGGGGCUUCCCCAUUCUGCACAGCGAGUCCCUGGUGGCUACUGUCAGCAUGUCUGAGCCCUCAGCAGACUUUUCCUCCAUUGCAUUCAAUGAAGUGCCUAAUUACAUUCCAGGGCAGGUACAGGCUGCACCUGGGCCACUCUUUGCCUCCCAGUUGCUCCACCCACUUGUCCAACUCCAGCCUGGGACUCCAACCUUGUCCUGGUCCCAGUCCCCACUGCUGGCUCAGAUCCACCAUCAGGACCAUCUCCCAUCAUCUCUCCCAAGCCUGCCAUGCCAUCUUCCUCUGAAUACUGCCUGUGGAUUUCCAUGCCCCAAAAGCCACAAGGGGACCCAGCUGCUUUCCGCUUCUGCUCUACAAUACCUGGAAUACCACAUUAUAAGAAAACACAUAGAAAGUAGACAGGCUUUACCUUAUUUGGUCCAGAAGUCUCAGAAGGUCUUUAGCCAUCUCACUUCAGAGAACAGGGCCUCCUGUGACCACAACAAGCCCCCAGGGGACUUCCUCAGCCUUGAUCCUCAGGAGAAACUGGAGCAACACCUUCAGAAGAGGUUCAUGCUACAUCAGUAUGGACUACCACCCAAUAUGGACCCAUUUCUGAAUCUGACGGAGUCCUGGGAUAACAUCCCAAGGAUAGAUCAGGCAAAGGACAGUUGUGAGUCUUCAUGGAACUCAGUGAUUCCAGACAACAGGAGCCCUGCUGUACAGAGGGCUGGUUCUGAGAGGCCAGAGAUAAUACAGGAGGGCACGAUUCCCAUGGGUGUUUGUAAUUCCAGGCUUGGCACAUACCAUGUCUCUGUCCUACCUGGAAGUUCAAACACCCAGAAGGAAACUUGGGGUGGACCAACCUUAAAAGGUGGGGAAGCCUUCAGGAACACCUCCCAGGUGCUCUCCCUCCUUGAUGCUAGCAUUCGGCAGGAACUGGAGGCACAUGUUACAAGUCUAAGAGUGAGGCACAGGUGGGGCCUACCCCUCAGGGUCCUCAAGCAUAUUAAUAUCUUGAAGAUGAGGAACUCUGAGGCUUCACCACCUCCACAGCCUGCCCUUCCCUCUUCAGCCUCCUAUGACUCCAGGGCUAACCCCAUUGCCCAUGAUGCCAAGGUCCUGAGAAAACCCACUCAGAAAGGUCCAGGACUGAAGGAGGUAGCACAAUCUCCAGUUCCCACCCAGAGGAGUCCUCUCUCUGGCCCCUCUUUUGAGUCCCUGAGCAGAAUUCCAUCUGGUGACAACGGUGGGCUCCCAGAUGCUCCUUCAACUGCACAUGAAAGCAGCCUGCCCUCUCAGCCCCACACUUACAUUCUCAUGGGCAGAACCUGGAACAAUGGUACUGUCCUGGGAUCUGCAAGAGACAGUCUGGAACCAAGUCCAAGCCUAGAAAUGGGCAGACAUUUGUCUCUGGGGAGUGGAAGUAUGAGCUCACAAGUCUCAUGCCACAGCCUGCCAUCACUUCAGGUAGGGUCCGAAGUUAUAAAGACUGAAGAAGUCAGAGAGCUGGAGGAUGAUGAGGAGGAGUCUUCUAAAUGGGGAAUCACCAAGGAAACCAGGAAGACUUCAAACUUCCCUAAUGUUCAUAUUAAUUCCCUAGGGAGUUUAGAAUCUCAGGGGACCAGUGAAGGACCCCCCUCUUCUAUAAGUUCUAUUUCCCAGGGCCAAGAAUACUCAUGCCUGAAAGCACAGACUGAGCCAAAGAACCAGCCUCAAGAACUGGCUACAGGUGUCAACCUGCAAGACUGUGCCACUGACAAGUUUCAUCAGGACUGUGCCCCUGAGGUGCUCCUGGCUGAAGACAUCCUAGCUUCCCAGGAGAGACAGUCCAGCACUCUAAACAUGUCCAGUAGGAGUGCAUCAACUUCUCAGUGUGGACUCAGUGAAGACAGCAUCCAGGACCUGCAGGGACCCAAGAUCCCUGAGCACCAGGAUCCAGGGAAGAGCAGGAGAAAUACGUUUAGGCCAACUGCCAAGAGGGCGGACAGCGUGAGGCCCAGGUCAGGAACACAGGGAGAAAGGCUUUCAGAAGGGAGGCCCUCCUGUGCUGGGGAAAUGGGCCCCUCUGUCCCAGUUAUGGAGGUAGGGGACACUGUGGGGGACAAGUCUUCCCAGGCUCCUUCAAAGGGAAACUUUGGAGACAGAAUAAAGAACUUUCUGCAAAAUAUCUUCCCCAGUAAAGCCAAAGAGCAGGCAAACUCUCUACCCCAAAUCAUGAUCCCAUCAACUACUACCCAAAGCCAAGGGUCAGUCACAAGCCAAGUGCUUAUAGACAAUGCAGUGUCAGAAGCCCAGGCACUCAUGACUACUUUUGGAUGGAUCACAGAUCAGAAAAUGAUGUUUCAUGAUGAACAUUCGGCCUCAAAGAAAAACACACUUAAAGAGGAACAGCAGGCCUCUAUGGGUAGACAAUCCCAUUAUUCUAGCUGUUCCUCCUCCCUGGAACAAAGAAGAGGGAUGGGAGCUAUGGCUCAUGGUCACCAGGCCAGCCUCAGGGUCAGCCAUCCUCUGAACAGGUGCAUCAGAAACCCGGACAACAAUCCGGCCUUGCUGCUUAAGAAGUCUGCACCUCUGCCCAGCCCCUGCCAGCAGAGGUCCAGGGUGGCAG